AUGUAUCGAAAGAAGAAAACUACUAGAGUAUCUUCUACAACUGAUCUCAUAACAAAUGAAAUAAAUGAUGAUAAACUUUUACAUGAUCUUAAUCCUCAACAAAAACGUGCUGUUACUUGUUCAACAAAUCAAUCAACACUUGUUCUUAGUGGAGCUGGUAGUGGAAAAACUCGUGUAUUAACAUCUCGUAUUGCUUAUUUAUUAAAAAAUUGUAAUGUAAAACCGUAUCAAAUAUUUGCUGUUACAUUUACAAAUAAAGCUGCACUUGAAAUGCGUCAUCGUAUAAGUCAAAUGUUACCUGGUAUACAAUUAAAUGAUAUGUGGCUUGGAACAUUUCAUGGACUUGCAAAUCGUUUUUUACGUAUUCAUUGUAAAAUGGUUGGUCUUAAAAGUGAUUUUAUAAUUAUUGAUCCUGAUGAUCAAUUAACAAUAGUUAAAAAAAUUCUUAAAGAUGAAAUAAAUGAAAAAAAUUUUUAUACAGAUAAACCAAAAGCUAUUGUUAAUUAUAUAAAUAAAUGUAAAGAAGAAGGUAAACGUUCAUCAGAUAUAAUUCCUAAGAAUGAAAAUCGUUUUAAACAAUUAAUUUAUACAAAAUAUGAAAAAUAUAUUUAUGAAGAAAAUAAAGUUGAUUUUGGUGAAUUAAUUCUUUUAACAAAAGAAUUACUUGAAAAAGAAAUUGAUUUACGUAUACAUUAUUCGAAAAAAUUUCACUUUAUACUUGUUGAUGAAUUUCAAGAUACAUCAACAUUACAAAUGGAUUGGUUAAAACUAAUGAUGGAUAGAGAUGAUCAAAAUAAAAUUGUUCGAAAUUGUUUUAUGGCUGUAGGUGAUGAUGAUCAAAGUAUUUAUGCAUUUCGUGGUGCUCAAUGUAUUAAUAAUAUAGAAGAAUAUUUAAAAGCACUUUAUUUAGACAGAGAAAAUCCAGAACAUAUUAUUAAAUUAGAACAAAAUUAUCGAAGUACCAAUAUUGUUUUAGAAGCAGCAAAUUCAGUUAUUGAUCAUAAUCACUCUCGUCUUGGUAAAAAUCUUUGGACUGAAAUAAAACAUGGUGAACAAAUUGAAUUAUUUCAAGCAAUUGAUGCUACUGAUGAAGCUAAACAUAUUGCAGGAGUAAUUGGUGAUUUUAAUCAUCGUCAUCCAGAGAUUCCUCUAUCUCAAAUUGCAAUUCUCUAUCGUACAAAUGCUCAAUCACGUGAAUUUGAACAAGCAUUAAUGAAUAGAGGCAUCAAAUAUCGUAUUUAUGGUGGAAUAAAAUUUUAUCAACGAGCUGAAAUCAAAAGUGCUUUAGCAUAUCUUCGUUUAAUUCAAAAUGAAAAUGAUAAUGAUGCAUUUCGUCGUAUAAUUAAUUUUCCAGCACGUUCUAUUGGUAAAGCAACAUUAGAUAAAAUUGAAAAUGGUGCAAAAGAAAAACAAUGUUCAUUAUUUGAAUAUAUUCAAUUAGAUUCAUCUUUAUUUAAACAAAAGAAAAUUUAUGAUUUUGUUAAUUUAAUAAAUCAAUGUAAAAAAACAAUAUUAGAAAAAGAUAAAACAAUGGAAUUAUAUGAACAAGCUUUAUAUAUAUUUGAACAAUCAGGUUUAAUGGAAUCAUAUACAAAAAAACAAGAAGUUGAACGUUUACAAAAUUUAAGUGAAUUAUGUAAUGCUAUGAAACAAUUUUCACAAUUAUAUAAUACAAAUGAUCUUACACAAUAUCUUAGUACUAUUGCACUAGAUACAACUAAUACUCCCGAUGGAAAAUUAGAUACAACAGAUGAAACAGAAAGAGUACAAAUGAUGACUAUACAUGGUGCAAAAGGAUUAGAAUUUCAUUAUGUAUUUAUUGCUGGACUUGUUCAAAAUCUUUUUCCGUCAAAUUUCUUUGGAAAAUGUGAUAUUGAAGAAGAACGUCGUUUAAUGUAUGUAGCAAUAACUCGAGCAAAACAAUAUUUACAUAUGUCUUAUUCUGAAACAUGUUCAACUUAUGGUCAACAAGAAAUGUGUCAACGAUCACAAUUUAUAUCGGAAAUUCCAAAGAAACUUUUGCAUGUUUAUGAUGAAAAUAAUGAAAUGUAUGAACCACCAAAAAAAAAAACUGGUGUUAUUAAAAAAAAUACAAUGCCAAUGCCAAAUGGUUUUAUUACUGGAAAAAAUCUAAUGAAAACUAUUUCAAUGCAUAAGAAAAAAUAA